CGUGGUUUUCACCUGUUUACCUAGAUGACAUACUAUAUAACAGAAGCCGACUAUACAACAAUCAUUUAAUAAAUUUAACUUUGUUAAAACACAUACAAAAAUAUAAAAUGCUUUACUUAAACGACAAUCAUGUCAAUGUGAGCUUGGAAGGAGGUGUGAUGACUGUUUCAAGUGAAGAAAAUAAUUUACUUGCGUCUAUUGAGAUACGUUAUCUCUUAAAAUCUGUGAUGGAACGUAAAAAUCUUACUGUGCAUUAUGUGAUACAGAAGAAAAAUAUGAAUCUUAAAGUGAAAACUUUGGUUCUUCACGGAGAUGUGGAGGAUGCACAAACGUUGCACAGUGAUAUCGAGCACAUAUUAAAAGAUCGUCCAAGGCGGCUUCUAGUUAUCAUCAACCCAAAUAGUGGUAAGAAGAAAGGAAUAAAAAUAUAUCAAAAAGUUACAGCUCCUUUAUUUAAACUCUGUGGCGUGAAGGCUGAUGUCAUUGUAACUAGAAAACAAAAAGAGCCUACGGAUAUCUUGAAAAACUACAAUUUAUCCAAUAUUGACGGUAUAGUAACAGUAGGUGGUGAUGGUUUAUACUGUGAGUGUAUGAAUGGACUAAUUACACGGGUUCAACGAGACAACAAUGUCAAUGUAAAUUGUCACAAUACUGAUAUUGUGUCAGCAUCACUCCCAAUAGGCAUCAUUCCAGCAGGCUCUGGUAACGUGAUUAUUCAAUAUCUUCAUGGAACUAAAUGUGCAAGCACUGCUGUUCUUCAUAUCUUACUUGGUGGCAAUGUCGAGUCCAACGUUUGUAGUGUUCACGAAGGAGGCAAACUUUUGUCAUAUUCGGCACUGAUUCUUGGAUUUGGACUGUUUGGUGAUAUGAUGCACGACUGUGAAAAGUUUCGGUGGAUGGGACCGUUAAGAUAUAAUGUUGUCCCUGUGGCUUCAAUGUUAAAGAGACGGGAAAUUGAUGUGGAGAUAGAAUAUCAUUUAGCUAACAAGGAUAAAGCGACAAAAAGAAUUAGAGGAUUGGGAAAACAGAUCUCCCUUCCAAAUGGCUUCAUGAUACCUUCAUGUAAAUCGAAAAUACAACGAACUAAAUCCACACCGGGUGUACUCGACAGUUCAGAUGUCCAAAAAUGUGAAAAAGAAGAAGGACGUGUAUAUGCAGUAGAUACACAUGCCGUUAUGAUGAAAGAAACAUCAGGAAGAAUGACUCCAAGAUUCGGACAAGAUUCCCUUAUGGUGUACACCACACAUAAAUGUACAUUGUCAGACCAUGUGUCACAGCUAACCAAAGUGAAAAAUGAACAACCCGAUUGUUAUGAUUACAAAUUUGUAAGCCAGCACGAAGUUUCUAGUUAUAAAGUCCGAUUGCUGAAUGCUACAGUUUCUGAAAAUACGAAAUCACUCCAAAAAGAUUUCUAUCUGAACUGUGAUGGUGAAGUCAUUAGAUUAACAGAGCCGGAGUUUGAUGUAAAGCUACACAAGAAAGCAGUGAGGAUCUUUGGAAACGCUUCCGGAUGAACAUCAGUACAACAUUUAAUGAAAAAAUGCAACCAAAGCAUUGUUAAAACUGUCCACUGUGUACUUCUAGAAGAGACGGUGUGUGAAAACCGCAAAAAAAAUGUGUAUGUCAAUAAGGGUAUUCCUCAGAGACAAUACAGAAUCGAGAUGUAACAGAGAUGAGAGUAGAACGACUCAAAGUAAUGAACACUAUGAGAGUAUUUAUAGCUUGCUAAACCAUGUACAUCGAUAGCUAUUGAACAGACGAGAAACGUGGACCAAAAUCAAUACAUAGUAAUGAUGAAAACAUAUGACCAAGUGGCCAUACUAACUGUAACUGCUAUGCAGCUUGUUCUUGUUUGCAAAUAAAAGAUAUAACUGAUUUACUGGUAGCAUCUAUGUUGUUUUACAUGUAUCUACUAUGUAGCUUGUCAAAUCUUAAU